AUGGGAGAGAAAGGCUGGCGAUUCAAGCAAGACGACGAAGAUGACGUUCCAGGCGAGAACGUAACCAAAGACCCUCUACACCCAGAAUUUUCGCAUCUCCGCGAGCUAUACUUCAAAGCCGACAAGGACUACUCCGGCCGCUUCACCGUCCCCACCCUCUGGGACAAGAAGAAUGAAACCGUAGUCAGCAACGAAUCCGCCGAGAUCAUCCGCAUGUUCUACACCGAAUUCGACGACCUCCUACCAGAGAAAUACCGAACUCCCAACGUCGACCUCUUCCCCAAAAAUCUCCAGAGCACAAUCGAAGAAGCCAACGACUGGACCUACAACGACAUCAACAACGGCGUCUACAAAUCCGGCUUCGCGAGCUCCCAAGAAGCCUACGAGAAAAACGUCCAAACACUAUUCAAAUCCCUCGACCGCGUUGAAGAACACCUCUCCACCUCGCCAGGUCCCUUCUACCACGGCGACAAAAUCACCGAAGCAGAUGUCAGACUAUUCACGACCAUCAUCCGCUUCGACGUCGUCUACGUCCAGCACUUCAAGUGUAAUAUCCGCGAUAUCAGGUCGGGAUAUCCGGCUAUUCACCGCUGGGUCAAGAACCUGUACUGGAACGUGGAGGCUUUUGGACCUUUGACGACACAGUUUGAGCAUAUAAAACGACAUUAUACGAGGAGUCAUGGUCAGAUUAACCCGUAUGCGAUUACGCCGUUUGGACCGGUGCCAGAUAUUCUGCCUAUUGGUGAGGAGGUUCCUGCUGCGGAGGUGUUGAGGAAGGAGAGGGGUCAGGCUGUGCGUACUGAGAAGAUGCAGAGUCAGGUUCAGGGUUGA